AUGGCGGCUGAAAGAUAUAGGCCGGUGUCAAUAGAGGACUUGCCUUCACAUUUAGUUUUAGAAAUCUUGAGCUCGGGAAAGCUCAGUGCCAUUGAUCUUCUACAUUUAGAGUUAACUUCUAGGACAUUUGGAGGGAGUCAUGAGUUGUACCCUCACAAGUUUCGGUCACUGGUGGACUUUGCCGCGUAUCAGCUAUGUGUGUCCCAUUCUGUUUAUGGUAAAAUGGAAUGGAAUGCUCAGAGGGGGUUAUUUGAUCGGUGCGGUGGGAAAUGGAAGCGGGUUUUGAGGUUCUUGCAAUCGGUGGAGCAAUCAUCUGACAUGGUCGAGACCUCAGCAGGCAAUAUGCAAAUUACAACUGGAAGGUAUCACACGUUGCUAAUCAGCAAUUCAUCAUUAUACUCAUGUGGUUCCAGCUUGUGUGGUGUUCUUGGUCAUGGUCCUGAGACUAAGCAAUGUGUAACAUUUACCCAGAUUAAUUUUCCAUCUCCAGCACAAGUAGUCCAAGUGUCGGCCUCCCAUAACCAUGCUGCUUUUGUUAUGCAAUCUGGAGAGGUUUUCACAUGUGGGGAUAAUUCGUCAUUUUGUUGUGGGCAUAAAGAUACAAACCGACCAAUUUUUAGGCCUAGGCUUGUUGAGGCAUUGAAGGGACUUCCUUGCAAGCAGGUUGCUACAGGGCUUAAUUUUACCGUGUUCCUUACAAGACAAGGUCAUGUUUAUACAUGUGGGGCCAACACACAUGGCCAACUUGGUCAUGGAGACACCAUAGAUAGCCCGGCUCCAAAAAUGAUUGAACUUCCCGAGGGAAUUGGCUACAUAGUUCAGAUUGCUGCUGGCCCGAGUUAUGUUUUAGCUGUAGCUGACAAUGGAGUAGUCUACUCUUUUGGGUCGGGUUCUCACUUCUGUCUUGGCCAUGGAGAGCAACAUGAUGAGUUCCAGCCACGCGCAAUCCAAACAUUUAAAAGAAAGGGUAUUCAUGUGGUUCGUGUCUCUGCAGGUGACGAGCAUGCUGUGGCACUUGAUUCCAGUGGAUAUGUAUAUACUUGGGGUAAAGGCUACUGUGGUGCAUUAGGCCAUGGGGAUGAGAUUGACAAGACUACCCCAGAACUCUUGAACAAGCUUAAAAGCCACCUCGCUGUACAGGUGUGUGCUAGAAAGCGGAAGACCUUUGUUCUCGGUGACAAUGGUUCAGUAUAUGGUUGUGGUUGGAUGGGGUUUGGCAGCCUUGGAUUUCCAGACAGGGGAGUAUCUGAUAAAAUAUUGAGCCCUAGAAUCCUUGAUAGCUUAAGAGCUCAUCAUGUUUCUCAGAUUAGCACUGGGUUGUACCAUACUGUUGUUGUCACUAACCGUGGAAAACUCUUUGGAUUUGGAGAUAAUGAAAGGGCGCAACUCGGGCACGACACUUUAAGAGGAUGCCUUGAACCAACUGAAAUAUUUAUACAAGAAAUGGUUGAUGACGUGGACAUUGUUCCAGAAUGCGUCUGA